AACUCCCAAUUCUCUGUUUCCGGCUAAUUUCAUUCAUUUCCAUUCGGAUUUUUCAAAAAAAAAAAAAAUCUGGGUUUGUUGUGUUCUUGAUUUAGCUUUAGUUUGAUAGAUUUUGAGUAAUUUAUUGGGAUUUUUCUUUAGCUAGAUUUGUGAGCUGAACAACACUUGGAAAUUUGAAGUUUGUGAUUGGAUCAAUAUGAUUGAAGAUUAGAGACCAUUGUUGUUAAUUUCAAUGGCUGCACCGAGAAAUAUAGUGGUGGACACAAGUCGGUUGGUUACAAGGGAUGAAGAAGAGAAGAAGAGUAUGGAUAUGUCGUGUGCAGCUGAAUUGGAUUCGCCAACAGCUAAGAGGUUUAAGGAAGGGAGGUUUCCAUUGUCAAGUUGGGAAUUUGCAGCAGCUUUUGGGGUUAUUUUGGUGUUCUCAACAGGAUUGUUUUGCUUAUACUUGUCAAUGCCAGCUGCUGAGUAUGGUAAAUCGAAGCUGCCUCGUACCAUCUCCGAUCUACGGAUUCUCAAGGAUAAUCUCGGAAUGUACGCUGAAGUCUACCCCACAAAAUUUAUUCUUGGUUACUGCUCAACAUACAUAUUCAUGCAGACAUUUAUGAUUCCUGGGACAAUUUUCAUGUCCUUACUUGCUGGAGCACUUUUUGGCGUUUUCAGAGGGCUUCUCUUGGUUGUCUUUAAUGCAACAGCUGGUGCAUCAUCCUGCUAUUUUCUGUCUAAAUUGAUCGGCAGGCCUAUAGUUAACUGGAUGUGGCCUGAAAAGUUGAGAUUUUUCCAGGCAGAGAUAGCCAAACGUCGCGAUAAGUUGCUCAACUACAUGCUGUUUUUGAGAAUAACUCCAACAUUGCCAAAUCUUUUCAUCAAUUUGGCAUCUCCUAUUGUGGAUAUACCAUUCCAUAUUUUCUUUUUGGCCACCGUGAUUGGUCUCAUCCCAGCUGCUUAUAUUACAGUGAAGGCUGGCCUAACCCUUGGGGAACUGAAGUCCGUCAAAGAUCUAUAUGAUUUCAAGACCUUGUCUGUGCUUUUCCUCAUUGGUGCUCUCAUAAUUUUGCCAACUAUCUUGAAGAGGAAGCGGAUAUAUGAAUAGAGAUUUCUUGACGGACCAACAGAUUGUACCUUGUAAAGGGACUUGAAGAUUUCUUUAUUAUGACUUCACCACAAAUUGGAGUGGCAGCCGGCAGGACUCAGGUAACAGCCUUUCAUUUUCCAGUACCUGAAUCACAGCGGAGAAGGCAUUUUCAAGUGACAGACAGAUUUGCCUGCGGCAAUCACAAGUGCUGAUAAGUAUUCCAUACUGUGUUCUUUGCCCUUUUCUUAUAUUAACUGGAUUACUCCCUGUAAUCGGUUGAAACCAAAGGUGAUAGG